AUGGAUUCUGUUCUUAAAGUGGAUAAUGUAGCAAUUGUGAAAUUAGCUAAUGCUUAUCAAGUAGCGCUUCAAAUACCUGCUAAGAUCUUGUGUUACCAUCUAAAUAUUAAUGCAAAGAUAUUAACGGCAUAUGUCAAAGUUUAGAAUCUUCUAAUUGUUAUAUUUGCCCAACUGGUUAUUGUUUAAUCGAUAAUAUGUGUAAAGGUUCCACUGAAUUAUUAAAGUUAGUUUAAGAUAAAUCAUGCUUUAUAUAUGAACCAAAAUCAAAUUCAUGCAUACUUAAUAACUUAAAUGUUCCAAAUCAAAUAGGAAAUAUGA